AUGGCUGCCGCCAUGGCGUGGCUGCGGCGCGGCGCCUGCGGCCCGGCUCGGCGGUGCGGGCUGCCGGCCGGCCGGCGCUACAGCGGCGGCGGCUCGUACCCCGGUGUGCCGCUGAGCUGCCCGCUGCCUGGCGUGCCCAAGGCGGUGUUCGCGGCGGCGGAGGGCCGGGAGCGGUUCGAGACGCGGGUGACGGUGCUGGAGAACGGGCUGCGCGUCGCCUCCCAGAACAAGUUCGGGCAGUUCUGCACCGUGGGCCUUCUUGUCAAUUCGGGAUCAAGACAUGAAGCAAAAUACCUCAGUGGCAUCUCUCACUUCUUGGAAAAGCUGGCCUUCUCUUCCACAGCUCAAUUUGCCAGCAAAGAUGAAAUUCUCCUCACCUUAGAAAAGCAUGGGGGCAUUUGUGACUGCCAGGCAUCCAGGGACACCAUCAUGUAUGCUGUUUCUGCUGAUGCCAAAGGCCUGGACACAGUGGUCAACUUGCUGGCUGAUGUCGCACUACAGCCCAGGUUAUCAGAUGAAGAGAUCGAGAUGACUCGCACAGCUAUCCGGUUUGAGCUUGAAGACCUGAACAUGAGACCUGACCCAGAGCCUCUGCUCACAGAAAUGAUCCACGCGGCAGCCUACAGAGAGAACACAGUGGGGCUGAACAGGUUCUGCCCUGUGGAGAACACUGACAGGAUCGAUCGCGGAGUGCUGCACUCCUACCUGCGCAACUACUACACUCCAGACAGGAUGGUGCUUGCUGGGGUGGGAAUCGAGCACGAGCAGUUGGUGGAGUGUGCCAGGAAACAUCUGCUUGGAGUGGAGCCAGCGUGGGGCAGUGGACAGACCAAGGACGUGGACAGAUCUGUGGCUCAGUACACAGGAGGCAUUGUCAAGGUUGAAAAAGAUAUGUCAGACGUGAGUCUGGGCCCUACUCCCAUCCCAGAGCUCACCCACAUCAUGAUUGGGUUAGAAAGCUGCUCGUUUUUAGAGGAAGAUUUCAUUCCAUUUGCAGUACUGAACAUGAUGAUGGGAGGGGGUGGCUCUUUCUCAGCUGGAGGGCCUGGCAAGGGCAUGUUCACUCGCCUCUAUCUCAAUGUGCUCAACAGGCACCACUGGAUGUACAAUGCAACUUCUUACCACCACAGUUACGAGGAUACAGGUCUCCUGUGUAUACAUGCCAGUGCAGAUCCAAAGCAGGUUCGAGAGAUGGUGGAAAUCAUCACCAGAGAAUUCAUUCUCAUGGCAGGAGCAGUAGGAGAGGUGGAACUUGAGCGGGCGAAGACACAGCUGAAGUCCAUGCUCAUGAUGAACCUGGAGGCUCGGCCAGUUAUCUUUGAAGAUGUGGGAAGGCAGGUGUUGGCCACAAACACAAGGAAGCUACCUCAUGAGCUCUGUGACCUGAUCAGCCAGGUGAAAUCUACUGAUAUCAAGAGGGUGGUCACUAAGAUGCUUCAUAAAAAACCAGCAGUGGCUGCCCUGGGUGACUUAACAGACCUGCCCAGCUACGAACACAUCCAGGCAGCACUUUCCAGCAAGGACGGGCGGCUGCCGCGGCUGUACCGCCUCUUCCGAUAGAGCAGCACCUCCUGCACGCCCCUGGCAGACCUGGCUUCUUUUUUAACAUGUUUUGGAGGUGAUAAUAUUGCUGCAAGCCCUUCCCCACCCCCACGCCCCAUGCUGCAAAGGUGGAGCGAUGCUACAGCUGAACAAAGCUGCUUCAGGACUCUGGACUGUGAAGAGGACUUAAAGGCCCUGCCUGGCUCUGAAUGAGGACUUUGACCCUCUGAGUAGGUUACAAGACAGGAUGGGUGUCCACAGCCUUCUCUUGGCACUGGAAAGGACACAGCCAGCCAAAAUAUCCACGAUAGAACUGAAAGCAUUUCUCUGAGGUCAGUCACUGCUGUGGGUUACCACUUCACCGUAUCAGCAGUAGAAGUGGAGCUGUCGCAAUGGAGAUCCUGGUGUGUGCCCUGCUUGAGGAAUGUGGUGGCCUCUUAAAAUCUUGGCUUAUGGAGCUGAAUUCAAGGAUAUUUCUAUUGUUACCAAGGUGAACAAAGAUUUGCUCAAACCACAUGAAGAAAACACCAGUUAUUGUCCACGUGAAGCUAGGCAACAAAGGUUCCUGCACUCCAGGUCUUGUUAAAAGCAUCAUGGAUCUCUUUCAUCAGUGUAAUUUAUCAGCUGUCAUGACUGGAAAUAAUCUCACCAUUUGGCCAGAGCUCAGAGGAAAGCAAACCUAAGGCAUGACUUAAGAUAUUGUGGAGUUCAUCUGCUCUAGAAUGGAAGUGAUCCCAUUCUUCAGGCUUUUCACUUGCAAGUGAACUAAGCUAAAGAAGAAAAGUUUUACUGCAGAACUUUUUAACAGCUUUAAGUAGUUGCUGCUGCUGUACCCAAUGCUCAUCAACGCUUUUUGUUGUCACUCAGAUGAACUUAAGGCCUUGCAAAAAGAAGAUGAAAUUGUCCCACUUUGAUGUUGCUCAGCUAGGAGUUGGGAUCUGCAAAAUGACAACAUGCAGAAAGCUCAUGGUCUGGAAAGUGACUGACCCCAUGUCCUAGAAAGACACAAAACAAAGUGCCACAGACAAGAGAUGGAGACCCAAAAGAGGAACAAAACAUUUGAUUUAAAUAAUCUCUUUACAUAUGGGCUUAAAAAUGCAGCCAGCUGCAUUGCAGCCCUUUGCUGGCUUGAUGUGUGGUGUAAGGAGCAGCCAAACUGGGAGCAGAACACUGAGGCAGCUGUUACCUGCUUUAGCCCACACCUUUCCUUGAUGCAACAAUGAGAAACUGUGUUGCAGUGCUUCUUGUGGAACCUCUGGUCUGGAAGAGUCCUGUGCAGUUGUGUAUGUUUGUAAGAAAAUAAAAGAGACCUCUAAAUGAA